GAGUUUGCAGGGAAAAUUUACUAGUUUUUAAAAGUGCAUUAUAUUGAUAUUUUUAAAUUAAUACUUUCCUCAUGGAUACAAAUUUUGAAAUUUGAAAAUGACAGAAGAAAAAACAGAAAAUGAAAAUGGUAAGAGGGAAUUGGAAGAACAAGCCACUUUGGAAGAAGUUAACAAUCUGAUGAAACAGAAAAAGCUUACCAUACAGAGCCCUGGGCAACUGAUUAAGAAACUGCAGAGCAUUGGGCCCUUGGAAAUAGCUGAUUUGAAUGCAUUUUUGGUCCAGGCUAAGAUUGAUUUUGAAUACUUAUACAAAGACAAAACUAUUUUUGAUUUUAAAAUAUCAGACUUCAACAUAAUCCGAAAGUUGGGCCGUGGGGGCUUUGGAAGUGUAGUUCUUGCUACGAUGAAGAAUGGUGAUGAUGGUAUACUUUAUGCAAUCAAGGUUAUUAAUAAGAAAGCAGUAAUAAGACAAAAGAUUUUUGCAAGUGUUUAUAAUGAAAAACGAGUUCUUCAGAGUCUCAACUUUCCUUUUGUUGUGUAUUUAAAAUAUUUUUUUGUUGAUUAUCACUAUUUGUAUUUUGUGAUGCCAUUUGUACCCGGUGGGGAUUUUUCCGACUAUCUCGCUACACAGACAGUACUGAGUGAACCGCACGCCAGGUUUUAUGUGAGUCAGCUUAUUUUGGCUUUGGAGUAUUUGCACUAUUUAGGGCUGAUACAUAGGGAUGUAAAACCAGAAAACAUAAUGAUUGACUCAUUUGGAUACAUAAAACUUGCAGACUUUGGUCUUUGCACGAGAUGUUUUGGAAAUGAUAGAGCGUGGACUAUGGCAGGAACACCACUCUACAUGGCUCCUGAGAUCAUUAUGUUAAAGGGAUAUGAUUGUUCUGUAGACUGGUGGGCUUUGGCAAUAUUACUUUACGUAAUGUGUUCAGGAGAUUCUCCGUUCCACAAUAAAAGUACUAUUAAGACAUAUGAACUUAUUAUAUCUUGUAAAUACGAAGUGCCAACAACAUUCAGCAAACAUUUGAAACAGUUACUUAAAAGGUUAUUACUGUUUAACCCUGAUAUGCGAAUAGCCAAUAGUAAAAAGGGUGCCAAAGAAAUUAAAGCACAUCAUUGGUUUGAAAGCACUGACUGGUUAAAAAUUCUUAAUCGCACAAUUGAAGCCCCUUAUAUUCCAGAUAUAUCUGGCCAAGAACCUCAAUGAAACUGCUAUAUUUUUAUUAUAUAACGUGAAUGUUUAUUAAUGAAAUUAAUAAUUUAUUGUUAUGAACUUGCAGUGUUUCCAUAAUGUUGGAACAAAACAACUAACAAUUAUGUAUAAAAUUUUAAGAGGUCUGUUAAUUAUUGGAUUUAGUUAUACCUAUCACUUUAGUCAAGAUAAAAUUAAUGCUAACUGUUA